AGUAGAACGCUACUUCAGUCAUUGGACUGCCCAGCUUACAAGUAGACCUUUUAAGUCAUUUUCUAUAUUCUUAAGGCUUUUCAUAUUUCUGGAAGAAACAACCGACAGGAGUGCCUCUCUCACCGGACUAAAAAUCCUUGUUUAUCUUAAUGUCAUGAUUGGGAGUUCCGUACAGUAAUUACAUAUUGUACUGGUAUUAUCAAAGUGUACAAAGAUGUCAUUAUUUGUGUGUGUUGAAAUCGAUUAUUUUGAUUCAAAUAAAAUCGAAAACAUGGCAUCCUUAACAACUGCAAGAAAGAUUGACAACUGACAACACAAAACACAACUUUCAAAAUAGAAAACAAACUUCAAAAACUGUGUUCGAGAAGUGGACAAAUUGAUCAAGUGUUUUUGAUUGACUCCGAAAAGGUAAUGGGUAAGAAAAGAAAAAACCAAGAUAAUAAUUCGGACAGUAUUGAUGCAAGUAAAAAGAAAAAGAGCAAAACAAUCGAAGAUGGAAUCUCGAAUGAUGUUAUUACAAGUGUGAACAUAAACAAUGAUACUGAUGUUCAGUGUAGUAUUAGUAAAAAAAGAAAAGAUAAAAAAGCUAAAAAAUCGAUUGCGGACGACGUUAUAGAAAAUGUAAACGAAGAUCGUGAAACAGGUGCACAAUCCAACAAUAAGAAAAAAAAAGUUAAAAUACUGGAUGACAAAAUUACUGCAGACGUUGUUGAAAAACAAGACAAUGAAAUUAGUGUAGUACAAGUGAGUAGUAAAAAAAGGAAGGGCAAAAAAAUAAAAGAUGGACUUUCGAAAGAUAAUAUUAAAAAUGUAAUCGAAGCCAGUGAAAGUGAUGUACAGUCUAGCAUUAAUUUUAAAGCAAAAAGUAAUAGCGGAACACCGAAAAAGAUAAUAUUUGUUGACGAUGAACCUCAGGAAGUAACGUCUAAUAAUGAAACCAAUAAAAGUAAACCUUUCAAGAAAAUAAAAGAAUAUAAUAGUGAUUUAUUAAAAGAAGAGGAUGUAAAAGAUGAAGAUAUCGAUAAGUUUUGUGAUGAAUUAGGAGAAGAUGACAAUAAACAAUAUGAAAACUGGGUGCAAUUGAUUGAAGCUAGUUUAAGUUCAAAUAAAAAGAAACCAAAAUAACAAU